CAUUCAGAAUUUGAAAAAUCCUGACUUUGCGAUGCACAAAACCACGUGAUGAGUAGAAGGACGGUCCAAAAUCUGGUUUCUAUGACGACUGCGAUGUUGAGUGACAGCUGAUUAGCUCCGCCCAUUUCCAAAGCCAGAGAUAAGCAAAGAAGCGUGUGGUAAGGGGAACGGGCGGUAAAACACGCUGCUCCUGCAAACAAGCUGCAGUCGCAGUAGAAAAAGCUAGUCUGGGGCAAACUGUUAUACCGGACGCACGCAUAGUGCCCAGCGUUCCCAUUUCAUGCCGUGAAACUGGUCAGGUGACGGUUCGAGAAACUGUUGUUUACCUUCUUGAUUCAGAUCGUCUAUUUUCUUCAUUUUCGAUUCAGCCGCUGUUCUUGUUAACAGAUUAGUUCGCUUUUUUUAUGAAUUUUUUAUUAUAGUUUUUAUAAGAAUGAAUGAUACUCAUCAAAUAAUAUUACCAAACCGGUAUUUGAGAAGCAUACAAUGUUAUUCGGCUUUCGAAGUUUUGCAGUAAAUCAGCUAAUUAAAAUAAUCGCAGUUUAAUGGUGAAGAACUGUUCAAGACAGAAGUUUGUAAUGAAUGACUGAUCAAAAUUUCUGUUUCAUAAAGCAACAUAAACCAGAGUAGUUCAUUUGAGCUGUUUUGGAUUCUAAUUUUUUUCCCGUCAGUUUUGGUUCGAGAAUUCUAUAUAGGUACUGAUAAGUUAUUGACCAAGCAAAACGGCGACCUGCUCGACUUAUCUGACGACCCAGUCCUCUUGCCUCUUGAGGAACCAGGAGGAGGUCGAUUCAAAAGCCUCGUUGGUCAGCGAGCUAUCAGCCCUGGGUCUGUCCUAUGAGCCAACGGGACUGAGGGCGUCCAAGGUGGACACACUUGGGACCUGGCGUGGGCGCGGGGCUGGCCGGACCCUGCCCUUAAUUCGGACAGACGACAUGAAAAUGGUACAAUGUGCCGGUUGCGAAAGACCUAUCAUGGACAGAUACAUUUGCAGUGUACUAGACAGAUCAUGGCAUGCAAAGUGCGUUGUAUGCUGCGAAUGUAAGUGUACACUCCAGGAAAAGUGUUAUUCCAGGGAAGGUAAACUCUACUGCCGGAAUGAUUUUUUCAAGCGUUUCGGCACAAAAUGUUCGGGGUGUGCGCAGGGCAUAUCUCCAACAGAUCUAGUUAGAAGAGCGAGGAAUAAAGUAUUUCACCUGAAAUGCUUUACAUGCCUCGUCUGUAGAAAGCAGUUAUCAACUGGAGAAGAACUUUAUGUACUGGACGAAAAUAGGUUCAUCUGUAAAGAUGACUACCUAAGCAGCAGGAAUAGUCAAGGUGUCCUUGCUGCAAGUUCCCCUUCAGACGGUAACGACCUCGAUGAUCUUGGAGACGGUUUGGGUCCUGACCACGAUGGACAUUUAAGUGAGAGAGACUCCAGCGUUGAGAGAGACGGAGGUCAUAAUGGCCUUAAUGGUGGAACCUCUACUGUUAGCAGUCCUACAGGGCCUCAAAUGCAUCUGCAUUCGACGCCGGGUAGUGCUGGUGGCCCAGCCAGUGGGCCUAAUCCUGCUUCCUGUGGGCCUAACGGUAACAACAGCAGCAGUGAAACCACCAAUUCGUCCAACUCUGCAGCACAGAAUGACGAAAAUACGCCAGGUCAGAAGAGAAGGGGACCUCGCACCACUAUCAAAGCCAAACAACUGGAAACCCUAAAGGCAGCAUUCGCUGCAACGCCUAAGCCAACGAGACAUAUACGAGAACAGUUGGCACAAGAAACGGGCCUCAACAUGAGGGUUAUACAGGUGUGGUUUCAGAAUAGAAGAUCGAAAGAGCGGCGAAUGAAACAGCUAAGUUCUAUGGGUGCAAGAAGGCAUUUCUUUCGCAGCCCCAGAAGAGCGAUGCGACCACUUAGGCCGGGAAUGUCACCUGAUGGCCUUGAUGACAGUCCGGACAUGGUGUCCGGACCUAAUUCUGGCUAUUCUUACUUCUCAGGUGUUAUUGUUGCGCGUCCAGGUUGGAAAGAAAAUUCUCAUUCACCCUAUUCUGGGAGUCCGGGAGACUUUGGCUAUGGUGGGCAGCCAGGCUUCUACGACUUCUUUCCUGGACAACCACCACCAGAUGGCAUGGCAUACCACGGUGUACUAGGACCCGGUCAGAAUGUUCCUCCUCCUCCAACUAGUAUGGAGCAACCUCUCUCCGCCGUUGUUGGCCCAGGACCUGUCAACUUAGGGGCAGAUGCACCAUAUCUGGCGACGCAUGGUGAUCUCAUGUCACAGCGAUCUAGCCCGGACAGUGUCCUCAGCCUAGCAUCAGACGCUUACGGACCACCACGAUCAUCAUCUGCCGGAUUUCCGGCAAACUUAUCCGGUCAUCCAACUAUGUCAGAGACUCCAGUUUGGUGACGUCACGCCAUUUUGGCACCACCAGUGUCAGUAUCCACCGAAUAAAAUUUGGACUAUUGAAACUGUGAAUCGUCUGAUGAUUUGUUGAACUGAAUUCUUCGUAUUUCAUUUCUGAAACUGUACAGAAAAAAUUUCAUAUUUGCAGAGGAACUUAUCGUCUGCACCUAAGCUUUCUUGUGGUCGGCAUAGAAGAGAGGAAAAGAACUGAAGUGAAAUAACAUGGAUGCCAAAUUUCUAAAUACGAAAUGGAAAUCAUUUAUUGUAAAUAUAGAAAAGGGAUUCUUUUAUUGUUUAUGUUGCUAUCAUUAGGAAACAAAAAUGUAAAAAUGUAAAAAGACAGAGAGUACAUUAAGAAAGGGGAAGUUAUAUUCACUUUAUUUAAUUUAUUUAUUUUUUUAAACAAGUUUAAUUUAAAAAAGAAAAAUUAUUAAUGUUGGUAAAAAAUUUAAAUGUAAGUAUAUGUUUGCUCUCUUGCAUGGGAAAUUGAAAUAAAUUUCUAGAAAUUACUAGAAAGAAUUUUUUUUGUAUAAGCAAAGGAAAAACUUCUUUAUUUUG